AUGCAGUAUAUUAACAACAAAGUACUAAUACUAAGAGUAGAGUACAAGACACAACAACAUAUAUUGCCAAGGGAACAGAACCAGAUUGUAUACCAUGUUACAGAACUCACAGCAAGACUUAACAACAGGCAAGAGGUAGAAAAAACAACAUGA